AUGCCAAAGGUAGAGGGUGAUGGCUGCCUCGGUGCGUGUGUUGAAGGUGACCCGUCAUCUAUCCAGACGCACGAGUCCUACAAAUAUGUUGGAGAAUACCAAGGGGAGUACACCACAAACACAGAGCACGUGUACGUGGGCAACGGACGUGGUGACUGGGAACGCGAGGUGCGAACCACCUACGCUGGUUGGAAAGUGCGUUGGUACUGCAUGGCUCUCCUGGGAGCACUGCUGUUCAUCGCACUUGGUUGGCUGCUGUGGUGGCUUUGGCUCCGUAUACCGAGCCAGGACCAGGGCCACGACCAGGUAGAGACCUUGAACUGCUACGAGGGAUACCAUGACUGGGAGACGCUGUGGGAUGCGCAAAAGCAAGCUGCCUGCUGCGAUCGCUAUGGUCGCGCAUGCCCUCAUUUCCACGUCGAGCACGAUGUCAUCCACCAGCAGGUGCCUUAUCCAGUUUCGUCACCCCCACACUACCACUACGUUCCGGUCCCCAUGCCUUCUCCACCGCAUGUCGUCUACAAGACCCAUUACGUGCACAUUCCGGCGCCGGCUCCACCACCGAUGCCGCCGAUGCCACCGCCAGCACCUGUGCAUCACUUUGCGUACAACUGCCGUGCCGGGUACUCGAACUGGUACUUCGGAUGGUCGCACCACAAGAAGGUGUGGUGCUGCCACCACACAAAUCGCGGCUGCCCUGGAACCUGGCAUGGCAGCUACCACCUGCACAUGCACGUGAUGCACGGGGUCGGCCAUGCCCACGGGCGCAUCUACGACUGCGCGGCCGGAUUCUCCAACUGGAUGCAAGGUUGGUCCGACUCCAAGAAGGACUGGUGCUGCAGCCACGAGCACAAGGGCUGCGUCAAGUACCACUGCACCGGGCAUGCUGGCCAGUGGGACACGGCGAAGUCGGCGUGGUGCUGCGCGCACUUCCAGAAGGGCUGCCCGCAGACCACGCUGUCUCCACUGAAGUGCGAGACCCCUUGUGAGAUCCAAGGAGAGACGGAGACGUGCAUGAACCGCAUCAAGUGGACCAAAGACAACGUGUUCGGAGACAAGGACAACAAGUGCGCUUUGGCCUACAGCAAGGUCCAGGUGGAGUGCGACGUGUGCCGAUCCUGCUCCAUCCAGGAUGCGGGCUGCGGCACUCCGCAAGGCGCGGGCUCGCUCCCCUUCGACUGCGAAGCGGCCAUCAACAACUUCUUCCGCGCCUGGUCUCCAGAGAAGAAGCACUGGUGCUGCACCAAGCAGGGCAAGGGCUGCGAGGGCCACAGCCCCCCCAGCGUGGAUGCGGGCUACGGCAUGGUCUGGAAGCACGUUCAGGUGAACGGCUACUGGACGUGGGUGGCUGUGCAUGGGCACGGCCAUUUCAGCAUGCCCUACGACUGCCAUGCUGGCCUCGCCAACUGGCACACUGGCUGGUCUGUUGGCAAGAAGGUGGACACUGGGUCCAAGUUGGCAUGCAAGGGCACCUGCCCUUCGACUGCCUGGCCCCUCGCCUCAGAACUGCUCAGUGGCAUCUUUGUGUUGGUGUUGGGCAUGGCCGGCGUCUCCAACUGGCGCGCAGGCUGGUCACAGCCCAAGAAGGCGGCACCCUUGCUUGCCCUGGCGCUUCCCCCGUACUGUCCAGCAUGA